AUGCCUAUCAACCAACCCUCCAAUCAGAUCAAAUUCACCAAUGUAUCAAUCGUCCGAUUAAAAAAAGGCAAGAAGAGAUUCGAACUCGCGUGCUACAAAAACAAACUCCUAGAAUACCGCUCCGGCGCCGAAAAAGACCUCGACAAUGUCCUCCAAGUCCCCACAAUCUUCCUCUCCGUCUCAAAAGCCCAAACCGCCCCCUCCGCCGAACUAACAAAAGCCUUCGGCUCAAACGUAUCAACCGACGAAAUCCGCCAGGAGAUCCUCCGCAAAGGCGAAGUGCAGGUCGGCGAGCGCGAGCGCAAGGAGAUGCUGGAGCGGGUGGAGAAGGAAGUCCUCGACAUCGUCUCCGGGCGCUUAGUCGACCCCAACACGAAACGGGUGUACACGCCGGGAAUGAUUUCCAAGGCGCUGGACCAGUUGAGCUCGGCGAGCGGGCAGCAGCAGAUGCAGCAGGAGGGGAAUGGGAACGGGAACGGGGCGGGGGAUGAGAAUGGGCCGGCGCAGCCGCGGAAGCCGCUUUGGACGGGCGUGACGCCGAAUAAGUCAGCGAAGAGUCAGGCGCUGGAGGCUAUGAAGGCGUUGAUUGCGUGGCAGCCUAUUCCUGUGAUGCGGGCUCGGAUGCGACUCCGUGUCACUUGUCCUGUGGCGCUGCUGAAGCAGUCUGUCAAAGCUGCUGCGGCGCCUGGGGCGAACAAGGAGAAGGAGGCACCGUCUGGCGGGGCGAAGAAUAAUAAGAAGGGUGGAAAGGGUGGUAAGGGGAAGGGUGCGCGGCAGCAGGACUCCGAUGUGGAAGCUGGUGGCUCGGACGCGGAGACGGCGCCUGCUGUGAAAGCCCCAACCAACGUCAAGGACAAGAUCAUGAGCUACAUUGAGUCGGUGGAGAGUCAAGAAGUGGUUGGCGGUGAUGAGUGGGAAGUGGUGGGGUUCGCUGAGCCAGGCGCCUUCAAGGGGUUGAACGACUUCAUUGGCACCGAGACUCGCGGAAGAGGUCGAGUCGAAGUGUUGGACAUGGCGGUUACCCAUGAGGAUUGA